AUGGGCGACCAGAGGGCCCUCCUGGCGGCCCAGAGCGGGGACCUGGCCACCCUGAAGCGGCUCUUUGAGGACGGUGUCCUGGACCGGGCUGUCACGGACUCUCUGGGGGCCGGCCUGGUGCACCACGCCUCCCGAGCCGGCCAGCUGGAGUGCCUGAAGUUCGUGGUGGAGAGAGUCGGGGUGCCGGGGAACCAGCGGGCCAACAACGGGGCCACGCCCGUGCACGACGCAGCCGCCAUGGGCAACCUGGCCGAGCUGCACUGGCUGGUCCGGGAAGGGGGCUACCGGGCCCAGGAGCAAGACGUGUCGGGGGUGACCCCGCUGCACCUUGCCGCCCGCUUUGGGCACCCCGUGCUGCUGGAGUGGCUGGUCCAGGAGGGCUGCGACGUCUCCCUGGAGACCCUGGAAGGGGCACUUCCUAUUCACUAUGCGGCCGUCAAGGGGAAUCUCACGUGCCUGAAGCUGCUGGUGGCUGCAGAUAACGGGUGUGUGAACAGACAGACGCAGAGCGGAGCCUCCCCCCUCUACCUGGCCUGCCAGGAAGGCCACUUACACAUCGUCCAGUUCCUGGUCAAGGACUGUGGGGUCGACGUGCACUUGCGGGCCCACGACGGCAUGACGGUGCUGCACGCGGCCGCCCGCAGCGGCCACUAUUCCCUUGUGGUCUGGCUGGUCACAUUCACAGACAUCGGUCUGAUGGCUCGAGACGACGAGGGAGCCACGGUGCUCCACUUUGCAGCGAGAGGGGGCCACGCGCCCAUCCUGGAUCGACUGCUUCUGAUGGGGACCCAGAUAAUCCGAGAUCACUGGGGAGGGACCCCUCUCCACGAUGCCGCGGAGAACGGGCACCUGGAGUGUUGCCAGACCUUGAUUGCGCACCGGGCAGAUCCUGCCCUCCAGGACGGUGACGGCUACACCGCGCUGGACUUGGCGGUGUACAACGGCCACCAUGAGUGCUCGCGGUACCUGCUGGAGGUGCAGAAGCUGGAGGCUGGUGCACCACGGCACGAUGGGCUGGCCAGGCUGGUGGGCAGCGAGGUCCAGCUUCUCCUCCUCGAGAGUCUGGUUCCCCUCAAGGUUGCCACGAUAUACAAUGAGGAGAAAGCCCCCGAGCAAGGGAAGAAGAUGGAACCACUGAAUGACAACAAGGAUGGCCUCGUCUCCUUUCCAUUGGAAGAACUGAACCCAUCGGACAUCGAUGCUCUGGUGCCCACCGAGGAUGAGAAUGGCCACUCUAUCCCAGAAUGGAAACGGCAGGUCAUGGUGCGGAAGCUGCAGGCCCAGCUUUGUGCCCCACCCCCACCCCCACCCCCUCUUCUCUCUCUUCCCCGACAGAGCAGCGGCAGCGACCCCCCGGAUUUGGGGGACUGGAGGUACUCGCAGAUCCACAACGCCAUCCUGGGCCCCUACGGGGAGCUGCUGACGGAGGAUGACCUGGUCUACUUGGAGAAGCAGAUCGAGAAGCUGCAGAUGCGGAAGAGGUGCCAGGAGUACGAGAGCGAGCUGGGGCGCCUGGCCGAGGAGCUCCAGAGCCUCCUCCCCGCCCCCAUCGUCAACAUCACGGUCAACAGCCGCUUCCUGAGCCCGGGGCCGGACGAGGGGGGGGCGGCGGCCGACGAGGGCCAGGCGCUGCCAUAUUGGUGCAGCCACAUCUCGGGGCUGCUGAAGAGCAUGGCGGGGCUGCUGAAGGGCGUGAACGGCUUGGCCAGGCCGAAGGAGCCCCCCGCCCCCGGGGCCUCGUUCAGGGUGCGGGGGGGCGCCGCGGGCCCCUCGGGGAGCAGCGCCGAGAAGGAGAUCCUGGAGUGCGGCGUGUCGGUGAGAAGCCUCCGGGACAACUUCGAGAAGCAGGCCGAUCCGGAGCCGGCCGACGGCGGCGGAGGCGGGAGGGGCCCCGAUGAGAAGAGCCCGGGGGGUCCCUGGGAGGCCGCUGACGCCCCGGCCGCCGAGAGGCAGGCCUCCGACGACCCCGAAGAGGCCAGCGACUCGGGCAUCAGCUGCGAGGAGGCGUCCUCCGAGGCGGGCACCUGCCCCGGGCCCGCGCCCGAGGCCCUGCGGAAGGAACGGAUCGUCAUGCUCUUUCUGAGUCACUGGAAGAAGGCGGCCUACGCCCCCGCCCUGAGGACGGCGGCCAGGAGGACCCUGGCGUCCCGCGAGCCCCCCCUCCGCGAGCCCCCCCUCCGCGAGCCCCCCCUCCGCGAGCCCCCCCUCCGCGAGCCCGCCGGGUUGGGCCAGCUGCUCCGCCAGAGGAGCGUCAUCUCCCAACUGCUGGGCAACUGGAAGGACGUGAUGGGCCACGUGCCCGCGCGGCGGCCGCGGCGCCCGAGCCGCCCGCCCGUCACCUACUCCCCCGAGAUGUUCGUGCCCCGCGCGGACGGGGAGCCCGUGGACUACCACAGCCUCAGCCUGGACCUCUUCAUGCUGGGCUACUUCCGGCUCCUGGAGCUCGAGCUGCCCCCCGACGAGCGCAAGAUGCGCCACCUGCUCUGCUUCGAGGUCUUCGACCACCUGGGCGCGCACAGCUGGGAGACGGUGCGCAGCUUCCACAAGGCCGUGACGGACGAGGUGCAGGCGGGCCGCCGCAGCUGGAGGGACGGCUUCGAGGACAUCAAGGCGCGCUUCUUCGGCGGCGGCGGCGGCGGCGGCGGCGGGGGGCCCGGCGGGGGCCCGGAGCCCGGCCGCAGGUCGGGGCUGACCCCCGUCAGGCCGCCGCCCGGGCCCGGCGCCCGCCCCGAGCCGGGCAGCUUCGGCAGCCCGGACGUCUGCGGCUACAUCGACAGGAGCUUCGCCUUCUGGAAGGAGAAGGAGGCCGAGAUCUGCAACUUCGGAGACUGAGGCCGCCGGGGCCGCCCCGGGCUUCGCGUGGGUCUGUGCGCGCUCGGGGGUGUUAGAGACGGAGCGGGGAGACCCGCCCGGGCCGGCCCCGAACCUCCCAAGGGCCGCUUUUUUUCCUUGUUUCAGCAUCUGUGGAGCCAGACCUUAGAGACACCAUGUCUUCCAGUCUGCAAAUAUAUUAGCCCGGGAGGAGAAGCAUGGACUGUGACCUUCUCCAGGCCCCUCUGGUACCCGGAUGUCAGGGGCCACUCCUGGUGUGGAAGUUCUCUCCACCGCAGUCAAGUCGGCUCCUCAGGAGGCUCCUGGAGUGGCCCAGGUGCUGAGAGUCACGGAGCUCCCAGAAUGGUCUCCUCCCCUCCCCCCCUCCCUCACAGGCCCCCUCUCAUCGCAUAGUCUCCGAGUUGAAAAGUUCCCCAAAGAUCCCGUAGCCCACCCACCGCUGACCAAUCUUUCACUUAAAAGAUCUCCGGGGAGGGGGGAGGGGGGAGGCUUUCCUAUUUGUCCUGAGGCCGCUUACAUGCUUGUGCUAAGGAGACCUGAAUUUGCAUCUUACAUCCUUCAAGAUCGUGGACAAAUUUCCCUCGUGGCCUCAGUUGCCUUAUCAGAGAAAUGGGAAUGCUUGUAGAAAUAGGAGGAUAUUCCAAUUAAGACAAUGAAUGGAAAUCUAGCUUUCUGCACAGAAUUAAAGGCAUCCCUUUGCAGCGACCCUCAGAUUCUUUACGACUAGUCCCGGUUCUCACCCACCACCCUCCAGCCAUUAAUCGGAGUCUGGUCAACAAAGAGUUACUAAGCAGUCACUACAUGUCAAGCACCUCGGCUGAGAAAGGCAAAAGCGAUCCCUCCCUGCUAGAGGCUUACAUUCUGGUAGGGGAGACCCCCGUGCACACAACUGGGUACCCCAAAACUACCCGCAGAGUAGAUGGCAGGAAAUCAGGGAGGGGAGAGCAUGGACAGCUCAGCCUUUUCUUUUCAGAGGCUAAACUUUUUUUUUUUUUUUAAUUGAAGCUUUUUCAAAACAUGUGCAAGAAUAAUU